AUGAGUGAGAAGGCCAAAGGCAGGGAUAUGUGUGGUCUGCAAAGUUCUCCGCCCUGCCUGGGAGCAUUCCUGUAUAUCCUUAAUUGUUUUCUUUUGUUGCUGCUCCAGAAGGAGGCUCUUGGCUGUCCAGCUGCUUGCCAGCUCUGCACAGGGACACAAGUUAGCUGUUGUAAUUUAGGGCUUUCAAGCAUCCCAUGGAACUUACCAAAAACUACAAUUCUUGUGUACCUCAGUGGGAAUAACAUAUCGCACGUCUCUCCAAGUGAACUAAGAGGCUUUCAGAAGCUUGCUGCACUCUACAUGGAUAAUUCCAGUAUUUCAUAUGUACACCCAAAAGCUUUUAUGGAUCUUCCCAGACUGUGUUACUUGCAUCUAAAUAACAAUAAUAUUAAACGCCUGGAUCCAGGAAUCUUUGAAGGUCUUUCCAAUCUUCAUUGUUUAUACCUUCAGAAUAAUCAAAUAGCCUUUGUUCCCAGAGGAUUGUUUAGUGAUCUGCUUUCUGUUAGAUAUUUAACACUUCAAAGAAAUCGUCUCAGUGUCCUUGGAAGUGGGACUUUCUUUGGAAUGAUGAGUCUCCGAACACUUAAUCUAGCCAAUAAUAAGAUUUCACGGAUAUCAAAUUCAGCAUUUUAUCAUCUUGAAAAUCUUGAACAUUUGUUCCUUGAAGGUAACAACUUAACACUUGUACCAUCGAAAGCUCUUGGAAGGCUCAAAAAUCUUGAAAGACUUUCUUUAUCUCACAAUCCCAUUGGAUCAAUACAUCCUUUUGCAUUUGAAGGACUUAACAAGCUUAGGUAUCUGUCUUUAAAAAAUGCAAACCUAAAAUGUAUUGCUCUUAAUGGAUUUUUUGGAUUAAACAACCUUAGCCAGUUAAUCUUAAGUUAUAACAAUUUAGAAAAUAUAAAUUCCAGCACUUUUGCUUUAUUGAACAAUUUAAUGUAUCUGCAGCUGGAGAGAAAUAAAAUAACCAGUAUUGGUGAUGGCACCUUUGAAAAAAUGGGGCAGUCACUGAAAAUGCUAAGUUUAGCAUUUAAUAAUAUCACAGAGUUACAACCUGAAGUGCUUAAGCCCUUAGUGUCUUUAGUUUAUCUGCAGGUAAAUUAUAAUCCUUGGAAUUGCAGCUGCAGAAUGCUUGGGUUACUUAAUUGGCUGGCAUCAUCUUCUAUUCCUGUGAAAGUUCAUUGUCAGAAUCCCCCGAGUAUGCGUGGUAGACCUUUGCAUUACAUUAAGUGGACUCGGUUUGCAAACUGCAGUAGCUCUGCUGCUAGCCCUUCUGCCAGUCCAGAAGCAGCCUGGAGCCUAGGUGUCCAUCACAGCACUACUACUUUGCUGAUGGCAUGGCAUAAGGGAAACAGGCACAACACAUUUGAACGGUUUAUCAAUACAGAAAUAAAAUAUGUUGCUCUCUGGGAAGGGCCUACAGCUACAUCUGCUAACCUGUUGCUCUAUGAAGAAAAUGCUUCUGAAAUUCCAUCACAGGCCACUACAGUAUUGUCAACAUUACCAGUGCAAAUACCAGCACAGGUUAUACCUGUUAACAGAACCAUGGAAGAAAAAAGUUUAUUUACAACAGAUGCUGGUCCUGUAUUGUUAAAAACAUCCCAGUUUUGUUCACAACAGGUUGAAAAGCUGAAUCAGGCUUUUGAUAUUUUACUAGCCUUUUUCAUUCUGGCUUGUGCUGUGAUCCUGUUCUUGACCUGUAAAAUUAUUCAUUUUAAGCAGAAACUAAAAGUGCUGGAAAACUCAGGGGAAAAGAGAAUUGAGUAUUAUGGGUUUUACCAGCCUGGCAGGUACAAUGUAACUGACCCAGUGCAAUCUCUGAGACAUUCAGAGCUUGACCAGAUUAGGCUGCUCAAGCGAACAACAUCUGAAAAUCAGGCACAGGUCAUAUUGUUUGAGCAUUCAUCAUUGUAA